AUGCGUUCUCGUAUGCUACCAACCAAAUCUGGUCUCGAGACAGUUUGGGCUGGUGCAGUCUCAACUACAGCCGUUGCUCGAAGAAAGAAGAUUAAAGAAGUUCCUACACAGAAGGACUCUGGGGCAUCUAAAAGUAACAAGCCAAGUGAGAGUGAUUCCAUUGCCACCAACAAGAAACCCACGAAUUCGAAACCCCUGGUAGGUUCGAAACGACAAGUCUCUUCAACAGUUGUCUCAGAUGAUGAAGACAAAUCUCCUCCUCGUACCAGGCAAGGCCAUAGAAAGAGACAGAAAGCUAUUACUCCUUCGGGAAAAGAGAAAGGGCUAGGUUCCUCCAAAGUUGCUUCUCCUAGCGACAAGGCGUCUUCUGAGGAAUCACCUUUAAAAACUGCCAGUAAUGCCUUCGUUGUCGAAAGUCAUAACUCAAGUCCAGACAAUAUUCCACCCAAGGAUGAUACUGGCACUGCUACUUCAGGUCUUAAGACUUACAAUCUCACCAUUAAUGUCGAUAAACCUCAAGUCUCAACUACAACCGUUGCUCGAAGAAAGAAGAUUAAAGAAGUUCCUACACAGAAGGACUCUGGGGCAUCUAAAAGUAACAAGCCAAGUGAGAGUGAUUCCAUUGCCACCAACAAGAAACCCACGAAUUCGAAACCCCCGGUAGGUUCGAAACGACAAGUCUCUUCAACAGUUGUCUCAGAUGAUGAAGACAAAUCUCCUCCUCGUACCAGGCAAGGCCAUAGAAAGAGACAGAAAGCUAUUACUCCUUCGGGAAAAGAGAAAGGGCUAGGUUCCUCCAAAGUUGCUUCUCCUAGCGACAAGGCGUCUUCUGAGGAAUCACCUUUAAAAACUGCCAGUAAUGCCUUCGUUGUCGAAAGUCAUAACUCAAGUCCAGACAAUAUUCCACCCAAGGAUGAUACUGGCACUGCUACUUCAGGUCUUAAGACUUACAAUCUCACCAUUAAUGUCGAUAAACCUCAAGGUAAUCAUAACUCUUUCACUUUCAUCGAUAAACUUCUCAAGGCCUUAUCGUUCUGA